GCGAAGCUUGUCGGGUGUGCUCGCUACAAGACAUCAACAUGUUGAAAGAGUUGGUGAAAGAGCGACUAAUGGCGGCAGCCGAUGAAAUAUUCGCGCUGUUUGAAAGCACGAUAACGUCGUACGAGGAGGAACUUUCUCGAACGAGAGAGGAGAAGGAGCGACAUCGACAACAACUGGAAGCUGCUCGCAAAACUCAAAUUGUGCUACACGUUGAAGACAUCCGGCAGCUGAGUGGUCGUCAAGAAGAAUGUCCCUUUAUACCACAGAAUGAAAGCUCCACUUUGAAGCAGGAGGAUCCACAGCCCCCCCACCUUAAAUACUGUAUCAGUCAGUCAGGAGAAGCGUGUCUUAUGGAGCCGCAGGAGGCUGAUCUCACCAACUUGCCUCUGACUGGUUUCUCUGUGAAGACUGAAGACCAUGAAGACACACCACAAGUUGGCAACCUCUUUGCUCCUCUAUCAGAUAGUGACGACAUAACGUCACACUUUGCUGAGGAUGAAAACGAGGACUACACCCAAGAACCUUUGAGCAGCGAUACAGACUGUGAGGGUGAUAUGAGGACUCACACUGACAACCAACACCCUGAAUGCUCUGAAAAGAAGACAGACGUCCGGCAGCUGAUUGGUCAUCAAGAAGAAUAUCCCUUUAUGCCACAGGACGGAAGCUCCACUUUGAAGCAGGAGGACCCACAUCCCCCCUACAUUAAAGAAUGUAGCAGUCAGUCAGGAGAAGAGUGUCUUCUAAGGCUGCAGGAGGCUGAUCUCACCAUCUUGCCUCUGACUGGUUUCUCUGUGAAGACUGAAGACCAUGAAGACAAACCACAAGGUGACAACGUCUUUGCUCCUCUAUCAGACGACAUGACAUCACACUCUGCUGAGGAUGAAAACGAGUACCACACCCAAGAACCUUUGAGCAGCCAUACAGACUGUGAGGGUGAUAUGAGGACUCACACUGACAACCAACACCCUGAAUGCUCUGAAAAGAAGACAGGUAAAAAAAAUUUUACCUGCUCGUUUAAUGCUAAAAUGUUUUGUAAAAAAAGUAAUUAUGCUCAACACAUGAGAACACACACGCAAGAGAAACCUUUCAAAUGCUCAGUUUGCUGCAAUAGAUUUUCUCAGAAGGCCACUAUGAUUUUGCACAUGAGAACACACACAGGAGAAAAACCUUUCGAAUGUUCAGUUUGUGGCAAUACAUUUUCUCUGAGGCACAACCUGAAACUACACAUGAGAACGCACACAGGAGAAAAACCUUAUAUAUGCUCAGUUUGCUGUAAAAAGUUUUCCCAGAAAUCUAAUUUGACUGUACACAUGAGAACACACACGCAAGAAAAACCUUUCAGAUGCUCAGUUUGCUGCAAUACAUUUUCUCUGAAGGGCACUUUGACUGCACACAUGAGAACACACACGCAAGAAAAACCUUUUAAAUGUUCAUUUUGUGGAGAUACAUUUACUCAGCGGGCCAACCUGAAAUUUCACAUGAGAAAACACACAGGAUAAAAACAUUGCAGUUGUCCACUUUGUGAUGAAGGUUAUUCUGAAAAGCAAAGUUUGACAGCACAAACGUCGGCACACAACGGGGAAUAAAUGUGUUCCUGUCCAGUUUGUGCUCUAAGAUUGUCAAAUUGUAGAAGUAGAAUGUCUUGCAUGGAAAAUAGCAGUAGUAGAAGUAGCAAUAGUAAUAACAGUGUAUUUCUUUUUUUUAUACUUAAUAUUCAUUGGGAUUUGUAUAAUAUACAUAGACUUGAUUGGAAACAAAUAUAUACCGUAUUUUCCGCACUAUAAGGCGCACCUAAAAACCUCAAAUUUUGUCAAAAGCUGGCAGUGCGCCUUAUAAUCCAGUGCGCCUUAUAUAUGGACCAAUAUUGAGCCACAACAAACCUAAACUUCAUUUUCAUAAAGUUUAGGUCUCCUGAACUACGGUAAACAGCCGCCAACUUCUUUUUCCCCCGUAGAAGAAGAAGCACUUCUUCUUCUACGGUAAGCAGCCACCAACUUCAUUUCCCCCCGUAGAAGAAGAAGUUCUUCUUCUAUGGUAAGCAGCCGCCCCCGUAGAAGUAGAAGAAGAAGCGCGCGGUGCAUGCUGGGAUAUAUGACGUUUCAUUUCCAUUUGUGUGUUUAUGUAAAGACCCCAAAAUGGCUCCUAUUAAGAGACACGCUUACGACGUUUAAACUCAAGGCGAUCAGUCACGCAGUAGAACACGGAUGACAGAAGGCGAACACACGUUCACCAAGACAGGGAGACAGCGCCGGAUGACAUACGCCACUAUCUGCCAUGGAUCGUAAAUGCCUGGGCUGAUAUAUCAGUCUCAACUGUGGUCCGAGCUUUCAGGAAGGCAGGAAUUGUCACUGAACUGCUAGACAACAGCAGCGACACUGACUCCAUUAAUGACGACUGUUUAAUUCGGACACUGAAGAAGAAGAAUUUGAGGGAUUCGUGGAUGAGGAAUAACUUCAUAAAGUGAGCUUUACAUUUUUAUUUUGUGUGUUGUGUUGUGUGACAUUAACAUUUGAGCAACGUUGAGCUAUUGAUAUAUUGUUAUUGCUCUGCACUUUUUCGAGUGUUACUAUAUUGUGAUUGCACUAACGUUUGAUUUACCGUAACACGAGUAAAUCAGCUGUUUAUUCGUUUUGGGAGUGAACAGAGUUGUCAGAACGCUGGUUUGUAAUCUAUUAAUAAAGUUUGACUAAACUAUCUGACUGUUUUGUUGACAUUCUCUUUAGCGCAGCUCCGUCUAAUGGAUGCAUAGGUGCGCCUUAUAAUCCGGUGCGCCUUAUAUAUGAACAGAGUUUUGAAAUAUGCCAUUCAUUGAAGGUGCGCCUUAUAAUCCGGUGCGCCUUAUAGUGCGGAAAAUACGGUGGGUAUCUAAACAAAACAAAAAAAGUAGUAUAAUUACAUUUUGUUUAUAAUUCAAUAAAUACUUAAAAAAUAAAUAAAAACAAUCAUAGAUAAAUGUAACAAAACAUGCUUGAGGGAUCAAUAUAUGUUUUCUUUACACUAGGUUUCUUAUCAUCUAAAAGGUGGUUCUUUACUGUCAUGUCUGUGUGAUCAUGUUUUGUUUAAGUUAUGUUCUGCUUGGUUUUGGACUCUUUUUAGUUCCUGCUUUUCACUCCCUUGUCUUGGUUACCCAUUAGUUUCACCUGUUCCACGUUUGGACUCAUUGUGCACUCUUGUUUGUCACCAUAGCAACCCAUUAGUUUUCACCUGUCCUCACGACUCACGCACCUGUCUUUAAUCACUAUUUAACCCUGUAGUUGCCAGGCAGUCAGCCUGGCGACAUCACACACUCCUGACACUCUGUUUCAUGUCCAUCGUUCAUGCUGCUCCUUUCGUCCGCAAGUAAGUUAUUGUUUAUUAAGGCCAUAGUUAGCAAGUUUUGUUUUCUGUCCAUAGUUUACGCCAAAGUGGUAGUUUUCUUUUUCAUAGCCAAGUUUUAUACCUCCGCUGUGAGCGUCUUUUGUUUGUACUUUUUUGAGUAAAUUAAAUCAUGUCAUUACCUUCACGUCGUGUGCGCUCCAAAUCCUUUGCACCAUGGGAAAACAAACCACACCCUGGUCCUCGUCUUGACAUUUACCAAGAAUAAGUAUUUUGAUUUUUUUUUUUCUAAAUAAAUGAUCCACUUCAACCA